AUGGCCGGAAGAGUACGACAUGCAAGAACCCCAAGGAGAGAUCAAAUAAAUAAUGGAAAUCGCGUUGGAAGUGCAUUCGAGGCGGAUGUUGAUUACGCAAUUGGCAUAAUUAGGUGGCUCCUGAAGCCGUUGGGCUUGUGGCCAAAAACAGCCAACUCAACGCGCUCCGAGAGGCUGACAGCCAUCUUCCUGAUGAGCGUUUGCACAUUUCUCCUGGGUUUUUUAAUCGUACCAGGGAGUCUGUUCGCAUUUGUGAAGAUAAAAAAUCCAGCUGUGAGGCUGAAGCUGACGGGCCCCUUGAGCUUUUGCGUCAUGGGGAUAAUGAAGUACUAUUCCCUAGUGGUCGAACGUCGGAAUAUCGCCAGUUGCAUUCAGCACAUGACAGCUGACUGGCAGAAAGCCGUCUCGACGCAUGAUCGAGACAUAAUGCUGACGUAUGCCCAAUUCGGAAGGUAUGGAGCAACAAUUUGCACGGGCUUCAUGUACAGCGGAGGCUUGUUCUACGCUGUUAUCCUGCCGUACGUAUCGGCUGGUGCUAGGACUGAGGGAAAUGGUACGGUUAGAUCGCUUGCCUAUCCGAGCCACUAUGUUCUGUUCGAUCCGCAAGUGAGUCCGGCUUAUGAAGUUGUCUUUUCAACUCACUGUUGCUGCGCUUUCGUUAUGCAUUCCAUUACGAGCGCCACCUGCAGCCUCGCUGUGGUCUUUGCAAUGCAUGCGUGCGGACAAUUGGAGAUCUUGAUCGUGUGGCUGAAUGAUUUGGUGGACGGAAGCGGGCAGGCUGAGGACAGGCUUUCGGAAGUGGUUGAGCAACAUGUGAGAACUCUCAGCUUCAUCAUCCGUGCAGAAGGCGUUCUCCGCGAGAUUUGCCUAGUAGAAAUAUGUGGCUGCACAUUGAACAUCUGUUUCAUUGGUUAUUACUUAAUGAUGGAGUGGGCCCAAGCCGAUGCUGUGGGGAUAACAACCUAUACAAUACUCCUCAUCUCCUUCGUCUUCAAUAUUUUCCUCUUCUGCUAUGUUGGAGAGCUCCUCACCGAAGAGUGCAAAAAAGUAGGUGAGACGACGUACAUGAUGGAGUGGUACAGGCUGCCUGAUAAAAAAGCUCUGGGGUUGACACUCGUCAUUUCAACUGCUCAACAUCCCGUGACGAUUACUGCUGGGGGGAUGAUUGCACUGUCGCUGAGCAGUUUUUGUACUGUCAUUCGAACAGCCGUUACAUAUCUCAAUCUUCUGCGAACGCUCAUGGAUUGA